AGGUCACAUGACUGAUCAUAUGACUUGUCAAUAACAAACCAUGGCUGAUGCAGGCGUGAGAUACCGAGACAAAGUAACGAUCGUCACGGGAGGAAGCGCUGGAAUUGGAAAGGGGUGUGUCCAAGUGUUUGUGAAACAUGGUGCUAAAGUUGUGUUUUGUUCAAGAGGAGAGGCUGCGGGGAGGGCCUUGGAAAGCGAAAUGAAGACCAUGGGUCCCGGGGAAGCUACAUUCAUUCCGUGUGACGUCAGCAAAGAAGACCAAAUCAAGAAUGUUAUUGACAAAACAGUGGAAAAGUAUGGUAGGAUAGACUGCCUGAUAAACAAUGCAGGACAGCAUCCACCUAAAACAUGGAUAGACGACUUCUCAGCAGACGAUUUCCGGCGCCUUCUGGAUACAAAUCUUGUUAGCUAUUUCCUGUUUUCAAAGUAUGCUUUACCAUAUCUGAGAAAGACGGAGGGGAACAUCAUUAACGACUCCAGUUUGGUGGGACAGAUGGGACAGCCGGGAGCCGUUACCUAUGUGGCUACAAAGGGUGCAAUCACUGCGAUGACAAAAGCUCUUGCAAUAGACGAGGCCAAAUACAACGUCAGAGUUAAUGCUUUUUCCCCUGGAAAUGUAUGGACGCCAAUGUGGGAGAGGGAAACAAAGGAAUACAGCGAUCCUGAGGCUGCCAAAAAAAGUGGCGCAGAUUGUCAGGUGUGUGGACGGUACGGUACUAUAGAGGAGGCCGGGCUUUUAUGUCUGUUCCUGGCGACAGACGCCACAUUCUGUACGGGUAUUGACAUUAACCUCUCCGGCGGAGCAGAGCUCAGUUACGGGGUCAAAAAUAUGCGCCUCUCAGACUGAAAUAACGGAAUUUCCUGUGAAUUCACUGCCUGAUUUGUGCAAUAAUAUUUUUUGUUAAAUAAAGCAUUUCAUU